AUGACACGCUGGUGCGCUCUUAAGUGGACUCUUCCCUGCAGGCUGCAGCUUGCAAUCACGACCUUUCCUCCACACACACCCUUCGGCACCUACCCCACCACCCUCCCUUACUCCCUUUGUUCCCUGAUCCUCCCCUCCCUCCUUCACCCCCCUCCCCGCUCCCUUCCCCACCUUCCCACCUCUUCAUUCCUCUUCACCCCUCCUCACCGCUCGCCACCCUUCCCAGGCAUGAUGGGGUGCUGCAGUGCAGUGCACUGCCAACAGCAGCACGGGCGACCUCUUCCUCCCAGCCUUGGAGGCAGGAGCCCUUGCUGCAGGCAUUGUGCCUUGCCGCUCGCCACCCCUCUUCACCCUUCUACAACCCGUCAUCACCCCUCACCACCCCUCCGCAACCCCCUCAGGCACGAUGGGAUUCUGCAGUGCCCUGCCGACAACAGCACGGGAGACCUCUUCCUCCCUGCCUUAGAGGCAGGCGCUGUUGCUGCCGGCACCGUGCCUUGGCACAUCAUCAGGGGGAAGUUUCUGCUGCUGCACUGCGUGCGAGGCCAGGUGGGUGGGUGGGUACUGGGGAAGGGGGAUAUUCGGGAAGGUGGGUAUUGGAGAAGGUGUGUACUGGGGAGGCAUGCGCUGUUGCUGCAGGCACCGGGGCUUGGCACACCACCAGGGGGAAGUUUCUGCUGCUGCACUGCGUCAGAGGGCAGGUGGGUACUGGGGAAGGUUGGUAUCAAACAGGGCAGCUGCGGGUGGGUGCUGGGGACGGUGGGUGCUGGGGACGGUGGUUCUUGGGGAAGGUGGUCGCUGGGGAAGGUGGCUGCUGGGGGAAGGUGGGUACUGGGGAAGGUGGUUGCCAGGGAAGGUGGGUACCGGGGAAGGUGGGCACUGGUCGGUACUGGGGAAGGUGGUUGGGUGCUGCUUUCCCACCCUGCUCUCUCUCCCGCCCCUCUCCCUCCCCUCUGCCCCCUCCUUCCCUCCUCCUUUCAAUCUUCAACCCCCCCAACCCCCCACCCUCUCUCGCCCUUCCAUCUCUCAGAGGUGGUGCGCAAUUACAACAUGCGCGUCGCUCCCUCUCCUCCCUGCCCUCUCUCUCCCCACACGCCAGAUCAGCAACCGGGUUCUCUGCAUCAAGAAUCACCUGCUGCUAGCUGGUCUUUUAGGCCGCACGCUCAUAGUGCCCUUCCACCACUCAGAGGUGGUGCGCAAUUACAACAUGCACUUCGCUCCCUCUUCCCCCCUCAAGAACAGAUCAGCAAUCGGGUUCUCUGCAUAAAAAACCACUUGCUGCUAGCCGGCCUGCUCAGCCGCACGCUCAUAGUGCCCUUCCAUCACUCGGAGGUGGUGCGCAAUUACAACAUGCACGUGGCUCUCGACGUGGAGCACCUCAGGCGCUGCUUCGGCAAGGUGGUCUUCACCACAGCAGAGUACCGGAGGAAAUACGUGAAGCCGAUCAAUGUGACGGAGGUGGUGUGCUGGCACGGGCCCAAGGGCGCGUGCAGGGAGGAGGACAAAGAAUUAUUGCUCAACUGCCCGGCGCCUGAGACCAUGAACACCCCGGCCUCAGUCCUGGUUGGAGGGGACGGAGAGGCUCUCAGAAAGCCAAUCAAUGUGAUGGAGGUGGUGUGCUGGCACGGGCCCAAGGGCGCGUGCAGGGAGGAGGAUAAGGAGCUUCUGCUCAACUGCCCGGCUCCUGAGACCAUGAACACCCCGGCCUCCAUGCUGGUUGGGGGUGAUGGAGAGGCCCUGAGAAAGAUCGGCAAGCCGCUCUCCCCCACCUCCCACUCUUCCCUUUUGAGUCGACUCAAAAGCGUGAUCUCACGCCCCUUCCCCUCCUCAAAACACUCGGCCCGUGUGAUGAUGUGGCCCAUCGGCAAGCCAGGGUUUGUGUUCAACACACGGGUGCGCAUCACCCGCACGCUCUUCAGGGGCCAGCUCACCCAGUUGACAGGCAACCACACGGCGCUUGCUGCAUGCCUGCCCAUGUCCGCAACCAAGUCCCAAGUGCUGGAAGCAUAUGGCAACAACCAGUCUCCUGUGCUAGUGGUGGGGGAUCUGGUCAAUGUACAUUUCACACAGUGGCCUGAGAGCGACGCUGCUCUCGACCUGCCGUUCGAGCGCUCCUCCGUCUGCCCCACCGCGCUGCUCAUCAAGCCGGCUGCGGGCAUGUUCUUGGCAGCAGAGCUUUUUGUGCGCAAGACGUUCAAAGGGGAAAGGUUCAUUGGCAUGCACUGGAGAAGAGGUGACUUCAAGGCCUACUGCUUCUGGCACGGACCCAAGAAUGCAUGUUACUUUCCGGUUCAGCAGGUGGGUGGGCUUGCCGUGCCGUAUGGUUUACGGUGCAGGGUUCAGGGUUUAGUGCGUAUGGUUCCUGGGUUUAGGGUGGUGGGGCUUUCAGGGUCCGCUGCUCUUCAAGCGGCUGCGGGCAUGUUUCUGGCGGCUGAGCGGUUUGUGCGGGAUACUUUUCAGCGCGAGCGGUUUGUCGGCAUGCACUGGCGAAGAGGGGACUUGAAGGCGUAUUGCUUCUGGCACGGGCGUAACAAUGCUUGCUACUUUCCAGUGCAGCAGGUGGGUGGGCUUGCCGUGCUUCAGGGGUUCCAGCCAUGCUUGGGCUGUGGCCUAUUGGUGGCAUAUUGGGUGUAUCGCAAGACCAGGGAGCUGGGAAUCAACAACCUCUUCCUCGCCACCAAUGCCAAGCAUGCCGAGGAGCCGUCCGAUGAAGAAUCGGACGGUGAUGGAGGCGGGGACUUCGGAACCAUGGUUAUGAAACCUGGAAGCAGACGCGAAAGCGGCGGCGGCGGCGGCGGUUGGCGUGGGGGAGGUGAUAAUAAGGGGGGCCCGUAUGCAGGGGAUAGUGACGAGGAAGGGGGAGGGGAUUUUGGAACAAUGGUGAUGCGGCCACGUGGCACACGACGAGACGACGAUGACGGGAGUGGUGUGGAAUCGGACGGUUCAGAAGGAGGGGAUUUUGGAACCAUGGUGGUUAGUCGCGGAAAUAAAGGAAGCAGCGGGAGGGGCAGGAGAAGGGACGAGGAGGAGGAGGAGGAAGACGAGGAUGAUAAUAGCGGGGAUUUCGGAACAAUGGUGGUGAGCAGAGGGGGUGGAAGGCGGAAGGGGGGGCGAGAGGAGGAGGAAGAGGAGGAAAGCGAGGAAGGGGAUUUUGGAACGAUGGUGGUUAGUAGGAAGAGUGGGGGAGGAGGGGGGAGGGGAAGAGCGGAAAGAGAGGAGGAAGGGGGAGGGUUGGCAGCAGCAGCUGCUAGCAUGCGAGCUCAGAUGGGGAGGGGUGGUGGGGGGAGAAGGGGAGGAGGGGGAGGAAGAGGAGGGCGGAGGAGAGAGGAGGAGGAGGAAGAGGAGGAGAGUGACGGAGAUGGGGACUUCGGAACGAUGGUUGUGAGUAAAACGAAGGGUAACAGGAGGCGAGAAGAGGAGGAAGAGGAAGAAGAGGAAGAUGAGGAGGGUAGUGAAGAGGGGGAUUUUGGCACAAUGGUGGUGAGCAAGUCGGCCAAAAAAAAGGGGCGGCGGCGAAAGGAAGAGAGCGAGGAGGAGGAAGAGGGGGACUUUGGAACGAUGGUUGUUUCGAAACGGCGAGGCCGCAGCGACGACGAGGAGGAGGAUAGCGAUGAGGAGGAUGAUGAGGAUGAGGAAGAGGAAGAAAACCAGUUUGGCACUGUGGUUGUGUCUGGGAAGAGCAAGGGGGGAGGGCGGAGGAAGAAGGGGGGGAAAGGAGGGAAGGGGGAGAAGGGGGGGAAAGGAGGGAAGGGGGAGAAGGACGGGACUGGGUCCCUGGCAGCGGCGGCUAGGAGCAUGGCGGAGCACAAAGACGUGGCUCCCAAGGCGAAGAAGGGCGGGGGAGGGGGCAUUGCAGGGUCGAGCAUUCAUGUUUCCAGGGAAGACCCCACUCUGAAAUACGAGUUGCUGGAGGAACUGGGCAAGGGCUCAUAUGGUUCGGUGUACAAGGGGCGAGACCGCAUUAGCUCAGAGCUGGUGGCCAUCAAAGUAAUUUCUCUGGCUGAAGGGGAGGAGGGAUUUGAGGAGAUAAGGGGGGAGAUCGAGAUGCUGCAGCAGUGCAACCACCCCAACGUUGUGCGCUACCAUGGCAGCUACCAGGGAGACGACUUUCUCUGGAUUGUGAUGGAGUACUGUGGGGGUGGCAGCGUGGCUGACCUUAUGAACAACACGGACUCGCCACUUGAAGAGGGCAUGAUUGCCUACGUGUGCCGGGAGUCAAUUAAGGGCCUGGCCUACCUGCACGAGAUAGGCAAGGUGCAUCGGGACAUCAAGGGCGGCAACAUCCUGCUCAGCGACUCGGGGGAGAUCAAGCUGGGAGACUUUGGGGUGGCGGCCCAGCUGACUCGUACCAUGUCCAAACGCAACACGUUCAUAGGCACGCCCCACUGGAUGGCACCGGAGGUGAUUCAGGAGAGUCUGUACGACGGCAAGGUGGACGUGUGGGCGCUGGGCAUCACUGCCAUUGAAAUGGCCGAGGUGCUUUUCAUGAUCUCCAGAGAACCUUCACCCACAUUAGAGGACCCCGAGAAAUGGUCCCUUUUAUUCCACGAUUUUGUGGCCAAGUGUUUGAUCAAGGAGCCCAAGCAGCGCCCCACCACGCCAGCACUACUGCAGCACAAGUUCAUCGAGAGGUGCAAGGACACGGCUGUGGUGCUGAAGAAGCGGAUCGACCAGGCCAAGGCGAUGAGAGAAGAGGCAAAGAAGCAACGGCUAGCUGCCGCUGCCCUGGAGGAGCAGAACAGCGUUUCGGAAGAUUCCAUGGGCACAGGCACGGUGAGGCAGAGGGGAGACGCCAUGGGGGGGACAGUGAAGGCACGCUCUGCACCAUCCGCCUAUGCUGAUGAUGAUGAACCUGAUUUCGGCACGUUUGUGAACAAGGAUUAUGAGUCCGAGGAUGAGGCGAUGGACACGGGCACGAUGCGUGUCGCCAGGUCAGACGAGCCGUCCGCCAAGUCAGCAGCCGCCACGUCAUCAGCGGAGGGCGUGGAGUCGUCUUCGGAUAACAUCGGCGCUGCGCUGGCGGCGUUGGGCGGGCAGCGCAAGGCCAAGCCGGCCCAGGCCAAGUCUGCUCCGUCCCGCAGGGCAGAGAGACCUCCAGUGCCCCCGAAGCAAGCAGCAGCAGCGGGCAUGGAACUGGAGGCGAAGAGGAGGAAGGGCACGGAUUUCUUUGCGGGGGCGAGACAGGCGAUGGAGGAUGGGACGAGGCAGGCCAUUGCUGAUAGCACCCGCCCCGCUCAAAGAGCCAGUCCUGGGCUGCAGGAUAAGCUAUCAGCGGUGUAUGCAGCGGGCAACACGGUCCCCAUCCCCUUCCUCCGAGCAUGCGACAUCUCCCCUCUCUCCCUCAUCGCCUCAUCCGGCCCCGACGGGGCUCCCUUUGAUCAGUGUGGGCUGGAGGCGAUUCAAGAGCUGUCAGGGAGUGGUGGGCUGGCAGGCAGCAAGGGCGCCAGACGAACACCUGCUGCUGAGGUGCCACUACCCCCCAGUGUGUACCGCAGACUAGCCAACAGCACCACCCUCCCCAAUCUCGCCCGAGCGCUGGCGUACCAUAAACA